AAAACUCCAGGCAGCCAAUGAGCGUCACAAGCAUCCCGUUACUUUCCCGAAAGACAGUCAGUGAGCGCCAAUGGAAUGCCGCUAACUUCCUUUCUCCGCCUACUAAGAACCGCCAAUCAGAAUGCGAAGACUGGAACAGACAACCAAUAAAUGCGGCUCUUCUCCAGCACUCGUCCAAUCAGGAGAGGCGAUGGGCUGUAUACAGUCCGGUCUAAUGACCCCAACCAGAGGCGGGUAUUGGAUUGUGCCACUCGCAAGAGGCGCCUGAACCGUCAGCUCGAGGCUUUGGAGAAAGAUAAUUUCCAGGAUGAUCCUCAUGCGAAUCUGCCCCAACUCAAGCGCCUGCCCCAGUUUGAUGAUGAAACGGAAACCGGAAAGAAGAAGAAGAAAACUCGCGGGGAUCACUUUAAGCAGAGGUUUCGUAAAAACUUCCAGGCGCUAUUAGAGGAGCAGAAUUUAAGUUCCUGCGAGGGACCCAAUUACCUGACGGCCUGCGCUUCUGCCUCCACUUUCCCCCAGCGACAUUUCUGCAGUGUUUGCGGCUUCCCCUCCAAUUAUUCCUGCGUGUCGUGUGGCGCCCGAUACUGCUGCGUGCGAUGUUUAGUGACCCACCAAGAGACCCGGUGCCUGAAGUGGACGGUGUGACGCAGAGCUCGGGCCUCUUCCUGCUUUUCCCUUAUACGGACUAUAAAUAUGUAUAAUAAUAAUAAUAAUAAUAAUAAUAAUAAUUAGUGUUUUUCUUUUUAUGUAAAUGUUACAAAUAAACUGAAAUAUGAGUGUGUUA